AUGACCAUGACUACACCUUUGAUGACGACAACACCUUCAACAACAACAUCUUCAACAAUGACAACACCUUCAACAACACCUUCAACAAUGACAACACCUUCAACAACACCUUCAACAAUGACACCUUCAACGACGACACAUUCAACAACGACACCUUCAGUGACAUCAAGUACACCAGAGGAUGCCAUCCUGUCAUCUGGAACUGGGACACCCACUGAGCCUGAGAAGUUAACUCUAAUUCCACCCUUGUCAACACCAGAAGAAGUCAUUGGCACAAAUAAACCUGUACUCACGACAACCAUGGUAACUAGGGACACCUCUUCACCAACCACAGCAGUGCUGAGAACCACUGUGCUUAGCACAGCCACAUCUGAGACUCAGGAAAGGGACACUACAACUGUACUCCCAACCCCAGAGACAAGUCCCACAACGAGCAAGCUAUCUGACACACACCACAGCAUAGUCACACAGACACCUUCCCAGCCGGCACAGACAGACUCAAGUGUCAGCAUGACUGAACUCACAACAACACUGCCACCACUAAGUCCCAUCACCACUGGAAUGAGAUCUUCAGAAUCCCCAAACCUAGGGGAGGCAGACAUGACCAUGACUACACCUUUGAUGACGACACCUUCAACAACAACACCUUCAACGAUAUCAAGUACACCAGAGGAUGCCAUCCUGUCAUCUGGAACUGGGACACCCACUGAGCCUGAGAAGUUAACUCUAAUUCCACCCUUGUCAACACCAGAAGAAGUCAUUGGCACAAAUAAACCUGUACCCUCGACAACCAUGGUAACUAGGAACACCUCUUCACCAACCAGAGCCAUGCUGAGAACCACUGUGCUUAGCACAGCCACAUCUGAGGUCCAGGAAAGGGACACUACAACUGUACUCCCAACCCCAGAGACAAGUCCCACAAUGAGCAAGCCAUCUGACACACACCACAGCACAGUCACACAGACACCUUCCCAGCUGGCACAGACAGACUCAAGUGUCAGCCCGGGUACAACCCAAUCAUCUGAGCCCUCUACAGCCCUUGCUCCUAGCUCCUCAGAGACAACCAAAUCCUCCACUAUGAUUGGGACCAGUAAAGCAUCCCCCAACGCUAAUCAGAGUAGUGGUCCGGGAAAUGGCACCUGUGCUUUGGAUGAGUAUCAGGCCAGUACUGGAGGUUGUACGUGCAAUGAUACUUACUAUUCCCACUUGGAACUGUCUAGAGAGAUAGUGAGCCUGCGCUGCAGGCCACAGGACAUUGAGGUGUCUCUCAGGAGCUGCUUCCUGAAAACUCAACACUGGGCCCUGAAGCAAGAUGCCUUGGAGAAGUGUCUCAGUAUCAAUACGACAGAAAAGGGUCAUCGGGUUCAGGUCUUUCAGCUGGAGAAGAAGGAGGGAGCUUGUGGACUCCACAUCUCUACCAACAGCAGCCAUGCUCAGCACUCUUUGGAUGUGCACCUUGAAAAGGCUCUCCCUGGCUCCAGACGCGCUGACGUCAGAGUGCUCCACUUCAGCUGUGCCUACCCACUGGUCGUGAAGGACAGCAAGCCUGUCCCCUCCCAGGAGGUCUCCAUUCUAACCAUCAAUGUUCCAAAUGCCGGGGAGACCGCCAUCACCCUGAGCGUCUUCACAGACUCUAAACUCUCUGCUCCGCUUAAGAACAGUACAGCUCCUGUCGGCAUGCCCCUCUACGUGGUCCUCAAGUCUGUCAACGGUGAUCCUGACCGCUUUUCCCUGGUGGCUAAUGAGAUCUUUGCAAGUACCAACGUCUCCAACACGGAGGCUAAGGCCACCUAUCAUUUCGUGAAGGAGAGCUGCCCAGUCCGGGGCCGGAUGCUCCAGGACUUGAGCAACGGGGUCUCCAUGUAUGUGACGCUGGCCUUCACUCUCUCGAGAUUCUUGAAUAGUGACAUGCUUUACCUACACGCCCAAGUGACCCUCUGCGACAAGCAAGUGGGACACCCAUGCCAACCGUCUUGUAGUGGAAAGAAUCCCCUGCGGAGAAAUUCACCCUGGGACGCUCGAGCCGGGGACCAGGUGGAGCCUGGUGGUGGCAAAUGGAUCGUGUUUGGACCUCUCCGGAUAAGUGAGUCCAGAGCCUCCAGCAGCAGGAACUCAGCAGGAGCCUGGAUAGCCAUCUUUCUCCUGAUCGUGAUUGGCUGGAUGCUGGAAUAA